AUGGGGAAAGCUACAAGAUGGUUUAGAGGGUUGUUGGGUAUGAAAGAUAAAGAAAACGUGGACAAUUUGAAUUCCGGUGACCGGAGAGAGAAGAAAAGAUGGAGCUUUGCAAAACCCUUGAAGGAAUCUCAGGUGCCGGCGCCGGCGCCGGCGAUGGGUCACAUCAAUCCAUCGGUAUCAGCAAGUAAUGCUGUUUGGUUAAGAUCUUACAUGUCUGAAACACAGAAGGAACAGAACAAACAUGCAAUUGCCGUUGCUGCAGCCACCGCCGCGGCUGCUGAUGCAGCUGUGGCCGCCGCACAGGCUGCCGUCGCCGUCGUGAGGCUCACAAACAACGGCAGAGGAACCCUUUAUGGCGGUGGCACUGAAAGAUGGGCUGCUGUCAAGAUUCAAACAGUUUUUAGAGCCCAUUUGGCUAGAAAAGCUUUAAGAGCUCUAAAAGGAUUGGUCAAAUUGCAAGCUCUUGUGAGAGGAUUUCUGGUUAGAAAAAGAGCAGCUGCAACUCUACACAGUAUGCAAGCUUUGAUUAGAGCUCAGGCUGCGAUUAGAUCCGAAAGGGCUCGCCGUUCGUUCACGAAAGAUCACGAAAUCCGCCAUAGAAAGUCCAUCGGGAGGUUCGACAUUGAAAGAACUGAAUUCCAUAGCAAGAGACUCUCGGCUUACGAAUCUUCAACAAAUUGCUACGAUGAGAGCCCGAAAAUAGUCGAAAUCGACACCUACAGACCUCACUCGAGAUCCCGACGCAUCAAUACUUGCACAUCCGAUUCCGGAGAGGAAUCACAAUGCCAUUGCAACAACAACAACAACAUGCCAUCGCCACUCGCAAACCCUGCGUGUAUCUCGAUUCCGGAGUUCAACCAUCUUCAAGACUUCGAAUGGGGAUACGUGGGCGAUGAAUACAAGUUCUCGAACACGGCCCAAAGCACUCCACGUUUCAUGAACUCCAACCGGUCAAACGCCCCAGCCACGCCGGCCAAGAGCGUAUGCGGAGACGGGUUUUUCAGGCCGUAUUCGAACCACCCGAGUUACAUGGCGAGCACACAAUCGUCUAAGGCGAAACUACGGUCGCAUAGUGCUCCGAAACAAAGGCCAGAGCCAGGGCCAAAGAAGAGACUGUCUUUGAAUGAAAUAGUGGCAUCAAGAUACAGCUUAAGUGGCUUAAAGAUGCAGAAAUCUUGUUCACAAGUUCAAGCAGCUUAUGAUUUGUAAGAAUGGUUGUUACUUAGAUUUGAUGAAUGUGUUUGGUUUUGAUAGAUAGGGGCAAAAAGGGAAAAUCCAUUUUCUUGUUCAAACUGGUCUGCUUCAAUGGGACUGAAGAUGGGUGUUUUGUGUAAAUCAUGUUAAGAGUUUUUGAAGUCUGAAGGGUUUGAUUGAUGAAAGGGGGUUUUGUGUUAUGGUUUUGGGUGAAAUGAAUGUAAUUAUGAUGGGAGGGUGAGCCAUGAAACUUGAACCCACUGCAAGUCUUGUGAGCAAUGAUUACAAAUGAUGUUCAUUUUGGUACUA